CAGUAGCAAAAAGAUAUGGAUUUUAAAGCAUUGCUACAAGCAGAAAUUAACAGAAAAAGACAAAAAGUAGAAUCGAAAGACAUACUUACACCAAAUAAAUUAAAGUAUUUCAAACGAGGAGAUUUAACAGCAAAGGAAGAGGAAGAAUAUUGGAAAAGACAAAAAAGAGGCAAUGACAAAAAACAGGAAUCUCCAGAAACGGAGAAAGAUACACAAGAAGAGCUUGUAGGACAGUCUGAAGAAAAGGUCCCUCAACUGGCAAGAAAAGAGGUAUUUAUUGUCAAAAUAAGUGAUGCCAAAAAACUAUAUACGUUUGAAUCAUUUGCUUCUCGUAAAAGUCCAAUAAGAAGACUUAGAGAGAGACACGAGCCUAUCCGACUCUCUGGGGAGAGUGAUUAUGAAGCUUAUCUUCGACUAAAAAGACUGGAAACUGACGGCCCUGAUGCCAGAGAGGAGGGUUUCAGGAAUGAGUUCAAAGCAGCUAUGGACAACGUGGACGAAGACUAUUUCAAAGAAAUGGUAGAAGCUGCCACGUCGGGCGAAGGUGGCAAAAAGUCAAAUGAUGUCUCAAUCAAAGAUGACGGAUACCAUGGUGGAGGACAUUUAGCUACACUUUAUUCAAAAAUGAAAGAAGAAAUAGGAAAAGGUGACUCAGGGAAAAACUCUGAUAUAAUUCUGAGAUUUCUGAAAUACCUAUUGAAAAUGUGGAGACAGACAUUAAAUGAGAGGACAGAGGAAGAGAAAAGGACGUUAAAGGGAAAGGAAGCAAGUGCCAUUCAUACACAGACUGUCAGCUAUCUAAAGCCCCUAUUUAGGAAUCUCAAACACAAGGUACAAUAUACUGUCAGCUAUCUCAAGCCCCUGUUGAGGAAUCUCAAACACAAGGUACAAUAUACAGUCAGCUAUCUAAAGCCCUUGUUUAGGAAUCUCAAACACAAGGUACAAUAUACUGUCAGCUAUCUCAAGCCCCUAUUUAGGAAUCUCAAACACAAGGUGCAAUAUACUGUCAGCUAUCUCAAGCCCCUAUUUAGGAAUCUCAAACACAAGGUACAAUAUACAGUCAGCUAUCUAAAGCCCCUGUUAAGGAAUCUCAAACACAAGGUACAAUAUACUGUCAGCUAUCUCAAGCUCUUGUUUAGGAAUCUCAAACACAAGGUACAAUAUACUGUCAGCUAUCUAAAGCCCGUGUUAAGGAAUCUCAAACACAAGGUACAAUAUACAGUCAGCUAUCUCAAGCCCCUGUUUAGGAAUCUCAAACACAAGGUACAAGGUACAAUAUACAGUCAGCUAUCUAAAGCCCCUGUUAAGGAAUCUCAAACACAAGGUACAAUAUACAGUCAGCUAUCUAAAGCCCCUGUUAAGGAAUCUCAAACACAAGGUACAAUAUACAGUCAGCUAUCUCAAGCUCCUGUUUAG